UCUUUUGUUUUUUCCCUCUUUGGUUUUUUUCCUUUAGGAGUCUUGAGCUGUUCUGAAUUAUGCCUGAACCAGCCAAAUCCGCCCCGGCCCCGAAGAAGGGCUCCAAGAAGGCGGUGACCAAGGCUCAGAAGAAGGACGGCAAGAAGCGCAAGCGCAGCCGCAAAGAGAGCUAUUCCAUCUACGUGUACAAGGUACUGAAGCAGGUGCACCCCGACACCGGCAUCUCGUCCAAGGCCAUGGGCAUCAUGAACUCGUUCGUCAACGACAUCUUCGAGCGCAUCGCGGGCGAGGCGUCGCGCCUGGCGCAUUACAACAAGCGCUCGACCAUCACGUCCCGGGAGAUCCAGACGGCCGUGCGCCUGCUGCUGCCCGGGGAGCUGGCCAAGCACGCCGUGUCCGAGGGCACCAAGGCCGUCACCAAGUACACCAGCGCCAAGUGAACAGGUGUCUUGGUGCCACAUAACUCUACAGGUGACACAGUAUACAUAUGGCCUCACCGUGGAACCAGAAGAACAGUGGAUUUGGGA